UGGGGAUGGAGGGUGGGUGACAUCUGCGGUGGAGGUUCUGGACAAGGCGGUGAUUAUGACGGGGGCGCCGAUGAGGGAGGGGGUUGUGGAGAUGUUGUUGGGGGGGUUGCAGGGUAUGAUUGAACGAUUGGAGAGGAGGAAGAAGAAGAAGAUGGAUGGGGAUGCUGAAGAGGAGGAUACAAGGGAAGGAAACACGACGCCGCUCUUCUCCUCCGACACUGCACCCACGCCCGAGAUCAAAUUCCCCAUCCCGCGAAUAUCAGCGCCCUCGUUCGAGUUCUUCCAGCAGCAUGUCCAGAAGUCCAAAACACCGAUUGUGAUUACCGAUGCAGUGGACCAUUGGCCGGCCAUGUCGACGCGGCCGUGGUCGUCGAGAGAGUACUGGUUUGAUCGCACGCUCGGAGGACGCAGACUGGUUCCUGUGGAGAUUGGACGGGCGUAUACCGAUGAGGAUUGGGGACAGCGGAUUAUGCCCUUUGGGGAGUUUGUGAGGACGUACCUGGAGCGUGGACGAGAGCAGGAUGAUGAUGAUGAUGAUGAUGGUCCAACGGGGUAUCUGGCGCAACAUGAUCUGCUCUCGCAGAUUCCGGCCCUGCGGAGGGAUAUUUCCAUCCCGGAUUAUUGUUUCGUGGAUGUCCCUGGGCCGGAGUCGGGAACUCCUGUGUAUAUGAAGAAGAAGCGGGAUGAGGAGGAGAGGAAGCGGAAGAUGAAGAUGAACGGACAAGAACAAGUCCAGAAGGAGAAGCAGGAGCAGAAACAAGACGAUGAUAGCAACUCCCAAACCUCCGACAACGAAUCUGAUUCCAUGGACGACCCAGUCAUCAACACUUGGAUCGGACCCUCAUGGACUAUAUCCCCUCUCCACCACGACCCCUACCACAACAUCUUCGUCCAGGUAGUCGGCGCAAAAUACCUCCGCCUCUACUCGCCGCAUACCCCGGCCUCACAAAUCCACCCCAAGGGCAAAGAAUCCGUCCAUCGAAGCCCCGAUCGAGAAAACAAUAACCAAUCCCACCCCCCAAAUACCCAAGAACAACCCCACCAAGGCACAGACACAAACACAAGCGCAGAACAAACCACUGACCCCCAACUCAUCGACAUGUCCAAUACCUCCGAGGUCGAUCUAACCGCCAUCGAAAUGUCCCCCGCCGAAGCCGAACAAUGGGAAGACCUCUGGCCGGGGUUCCUGCAAGCCGAGUACGUGGAGACGGUGCUCAAGGAAGGCGAGUGUUUGUAUAUUCCGGUGGGAUGGUGGCAUUAUGUGCGGAGUUUGCGGGGUGGGGUAAGUGUUAGUUUUUGGUGGGAGUAGAUAUCAUCGGUUUUGUAUAUAUGGCGGUAGAUUAUACUAUCUAGUAGAUGCGUGUUCGUGUACUCUGUAAGUCAGAGCUUUCAGUUGCAUAGCCUCAUUGUUGAGCAAAGUCAAC